UGAGAGAGGAAGACUCCCGUGAAAUGUGCAAGGAGAAGAGGCUCUCCUCAACUGCUGCGAGGCUCAGUCCGGGAGAGGCGCUUUAUGCAAGAGGAUCGUUUCCCCGCAAGGUGUCCUGCCAGUAACUGCUAGGAAACCAGCCCUGCUGCCUCCGGAUCCUCUCUCUACUAAACUCAGCUGAUAAAGGACUUGGCUUCUGGGGCUACCACAGUUUCCCAAAAUGGAAAGGUUCCUCGAUUCCAGCCCAAACCACUCUUUGUUCCCUUUGCUCCUCCUUGCAUGCCUGAGCCACCUGACCUUGGCCCAAUAUGAACAUUGGCCGCACUACCCUGAGCAACAACCACAGCAGCAGCUGCCUCCCCUGCCAGCUGACGCCCCUCAAAUCCAGCUGCGGUUGUCAGGGCAGAAGAGGAAGCACAAUGAAGGGCGGGUGGAAGUCUUCUACAAUGGAGAGUGGGGCACCGUGUGUGAUGACGACUUCACCCUCCAUGCUGCGAAUGUGGUCUGUCGGCAGCUGGGCUACGUGGAGGCCGUGUCCUGGAGCCCUGCUUCUAAAUAUGGCAAGGGAGAAGGCAGAAUCUGGUUAGACAACGUGCACUGUAAUGGCAGAGAGGCUUCGUUGGCUGUUUGCACCUCGAACGGCUGGGGCGUAUCAGACUGCAAACACACCGAGGAUGUAGGUGUGGUCUGCAGUGAAAAGAGAAUCCCUGGCUUCAAGUUUGAUGAUUCCCUGCUCAACCAAAUAGAGAACAUGAACAUCCAGGUGGAAGAUGCCCAGAUCCGACCCAUCCUCUCUGCUAUUCGCAAGCGCGUUCCCGUCACAGAGGGUUACGUGGAAGUGAAAGAAGGAGGCGUCUGGAAACGAAUCUGUGACAGGAACUGGACCACAAAAAACUCACGUGUUAUCUGUGGCAUGUUUGGGUUUCCAUCAGAGAAGAAAUACAAUGUCAGAGUCUACAAGAUGACGGCAGCCAGAAGAAAGCACACGUAUUGGGCUUAUUCCAUGGACUGCACAGGCAAUGAGGCACACAUCUCCAGCUGCAAACUGGGCAAUCGCAUCAGUACAGCUAGUGGGAACGCAACAUGUGAGAAUGGGAUGCCUGCAGUGGUGAGCUGCUACCCUGGGCAUGCUUUUGCCCCUGGCAGCCACAGCGGUUUCCGAAAAGCUUUCCAACCCGAGUUUCCACUGGUGAGGUUAAAGGGUGGAGCCAAGAUUGGUGAAGGCCGCAUUGAAGUGCUGAUGAAUGGGGAAUGGGGAACUGUUUGCGAUGACCAGUGGAACCUCAUUUCUGCAAGUGUGGUCUGCCGAGAGCUAGGCUUUGGAUCUGCCAAAGAGGCUAUUAUGGGUGCAAGGCUUGGGCAAGGUAUGGGCCCCAUUCAUGUCACUGAAGCAAAUUGCAAAGGAUUUGAAAAGUCUUUCACAGACUGCAAAUUCAGCACACAGCUAGGAAGUUGCACUCAUGAAGAAGAUGCUUCUGUUCGAUGCAAUGUUCCAGCUAUGGGGUUCCAAAACCAGAUACGUUUGAGUGGUGGCCGCACACCCUACGAAGGCCGGGUGGAAGUCCUCCGGGAGCACAAUGGCACACUCAAGUGGGGCACAGUCUGCAGUGACAAAUGGGGCACAAUAGAAGCCAUGGUGGUCUGUCGCCAGCUGGGCCUUGGCUAUGCUGCCCAUGCCUUCCAGGAAACCUGGUACUGGUAUGGAGAAACGAGCGCCAGUGAUGUCCUCAUGAGUGGGACGAAAUGUUCUGGGACAGAGAUGGCCCUGUCACACUGCCGCCACGAUACUCACGUAUCCUGCCCCAGAGGAGGUGGGCGCUAUGCAGCUGGCGUUUCCUGCACAGAAACUGCAGCUGACCUUGUCCUCAAUGCCAAGGAAGUGGAAUACACAUCAUACCUGGAAGACCGUCCCAUGUUCAUGCUGCAGUGUGCCCUGGAAGAGAACUGCCUGGCCUCCUCAGCUGUCAACACGUCCAUUUCCACUGGCUAUAGAAGGCUCCUGCGUUUCUCAUCCCAGAUCCACAACAAUGGACAGGCUGAUUUCCGCCCCAAAAGUGGACGCCAUUCCUGGAUUUGGCAUGACUGUCACAGGCAUUACCACAGCAUGGAAGUGUUCACACAUUAUGAUCUGCUGGACCUCAAUGGGACAAAGGUAGCAGAAGGUCACAAGGCCAGCUUCUGCUUGGAAGACAGUGAAUGCCUAGACGGUUUCCAGAAGCAAUAUGAAUGCGCCAAUUUUGGGGAGCAAGGGAUCUCGGUUGGAUGCUGGGAUGUGUACCGGCAUGACAUUGACUGCCAGUGGAUUGACAUUACAGAUCUUGCGCCAGGAGAAUACUUCUUCCGGAUCAUUGUCAACCCAAACAAAGAAGUGGCAGAGUCCGAUUAUUCCAAUAACGUCAUGAAGUGCAAGUGCAAGUACGAACUUCACCGGGUCUGGAUGUACAAUUGCCAUAUAGCUGAUGCCUUCAGUGAAGAAAUAGAAGAACAGUUUGAUUUCAAUGGACUCCUAAACAACCAAGUGUCUUAAUUGCCCUCUUUUCAAAGAAGGAAGAAUGCCUUUUCUCAAGAUUUCCCUAACCACUGCACAGAAAACUAAAGUAAUCAAGCAAACAACUAUGAACUUUUAAAAUUAGCUUUGUAAGUUAUUUUCAAGUGUGUGCUCCAUGCCUACUUUAUGGUGUUCAGCAGAAGAAAACGGGUUGACACUUAUUUCACAUCCAUUCCAGCUGAAUGACGAUUUUGCACUACCUGCAAGACCUCGCUACCCUUCGUGGGGAUCCUAACUUAUUCACAAGGAAUUAUUUGCAAGCUCUCAUCAGGCCUUUGCUCACUGCGGUGCACAAAGGCAGCAGCGCCACCUGCCCACAAGCUGCGUAAAGGAUGCCUGAUGCUGCCAAAAUAUCUUCAUUUUUAAGGGAAUUCCUUUCUCGGCCUUUGUGUUCUGCCAUGAUAAAGAUUUGAAAAAUCUGACUCUACACCACUGACGCAGAACAAAGGAAUCAUGACCCACGGAGGUCUUGAGGCACUCUGUCGUAUUAAUUUCCUGUACUGUCACAUCCUUGGCACCAUCCCUCCUCUGACACUCAGUUUUGACAGGAGGUUUGAGAGACCACAGUGAGGAAAAAUCUACCAAGUCAUUCCAUAUAUCUUGGUUUUUGAUGCCACUAGACUGUGAUUUUUUUUUUUUAAGGCAGUAAGCUAUUCCCUUGCCUACAUUUUCCCUUUGACCCAUGCCUUCCUGCCACCCCCUUCACUUCCCACCCCCACCAUGAAUACUGCAAACAAGAAACCCACUACCAAAGAUAACUAAUGGCUUUAUGCCCUCAAGGUUACACAUCCCUUCUUAUUAAGUCAGACUAUCCUGUGAUGGUGCAGGGAGGGAGAGCUUUUUAAAACAUACACAUUAGUAAAUGCAUAAUGGUGCUGAGCACAUGUGCCUCUGUUGGUUUGAGGCCAUGCACUUGCAUUGCAACAGGUGCCAACAAAUCUACACCCUACUUGAAUCUUUUAAAGUGCUUUUUGUCCAGGAAAAGAAAGAGCUGGUGUGAUUUGUACUAUUGCCAGUGACUAGAACCAGCUGGUGUCCUUUUAUUGCAUUUUGUUUUGUUUACUCUUCUGCUGCAUGGUUAAAGAAUGGGACUGCAAGACAGAAUUAGAUCAACCUUGCCUCUGUGGAGCAGACCACAGUUCAUCUAGUCUAGCGUUCUGCUUCCAGAAGCAGACAGGCAGAUGCUGCAGGAUGUUCAAAAAGCAGGACAACAAAGAUAACUGUCCCCCGUUUGUCCUAAGCACCUGGUAAUCAGAGGUAAAAAGGUAAAAAUCAGAGGUGUACUGUAUCUGUCCCUAGAGGUUCUGCCAUAGCUACUGGCCAUUGGUAGAACAGGCUCUAUGCCCCACUUGUUUUGGUACAAUGAGUGAAGGAAUUAAAAGGAUACCUAAAGCUCAGGCAGAGAGCACAAGAGUGAUUUGGGAGCUUUCCCUUCUUAGAACCUCUCCAUCACCUCCCUUGUGUGAUGUGUGAAAGUAAAAAAACUUCUAUAACUGGAGAAAUGAACUAUAGACCCACACACGGUGCUAUCAGAAUUGUAUUGUCCGCUAGUGGAGAGUCUAAAAAGCGAACUAGGUUCACCCCUCUUCUUAAUCAAGGACUGAAUUUUCCACAGCAAACCCAUUCUCUCAUCCUCCAGUUCAGGCUGCAAAAUGAGAGUAAGAGUCGCUAGACCUUUUUUUUUGCAUGAUAAAUGAGGAUUAUGGAAAGACAUUUUAGCUAUGCAAAGUACUAUAUGAAUAACUUGAUGGUGAUGCUUACUGCUUGUAGAUGUUUUGCAGUAAUGCACAAGGAGGAUUUCAUUGUCUGUUAUUCUUUCCCCCAUGAUAUAACCUACCUCACAGGGGUGUUGUGAGGCUAACGGCCAGUUCACAUAACCAGGCUAGGACUGGCCACUUUGUUCCUUCAGCAGGUGAUGAGUGUGAUCAUUUGACCUGGAACCAAAGCCAGCAGUAUGUCAAGUCACCCAAAGUCCACACUGCAAUGAUGCAAAGCAAGCUAUGGGGGGGGGGGUCAAGCAGGCCUGGCACAUGAGGGGCAGGAGAAGCCACACAGCAUCCACCAAGUUGAGAAGGGAGCUGGAUGAGAUAUCCAGAGGCCUUAUUUGUGAAUGAUUGACAGGAGUAGUUUAGAAUAGCCUGAGGACCACAACAUAGGCCACCUCCAUCCCUCCACCGUUGCUCCCAUUAUGCUGUAACCAAAACAGAAAAAAAUGUUGUCAGGAGCUGGGCCAGGCAAGGUCUCGGACUACUUCUGCAAGGGAGUGGGGGGCAGGAAUCUGCAUUCUACCUAUUCCACCACACUGGAGUUUCUCAGAAACUUUGCCUCAUUUUGGAAGAGGGAGGCUUGUUCUUGAGACCUACUUGAGCCUGGCAGCUAUGCUACGCCAAGUAACUGCCAGCGCAGCUCCUCCAAUGUAGGACCACCUAUGCAAUACUGGGAUCAAGAACACAGCUACAUCCCAUGCUGCCCAGGAUGUGGCCAUUCUGAGUGGCAAUCAAUAGAAGGGAUUAGAGGAACAUCAAAAGUUGCCUUCCAGCGAGUCAGACCAUUUAUCCAUCCAGCUGAGCACCAUCUACUCUGACUGGCAGGGGCACUCCUGGAUCUCCAAGGGAGAGCCUUCCAUCACCGGCUACUUAAUUUUAAGAUCAACAAGCCAUGUUCUGCAGGUGCCAAGGAUUAGCAUAGGAUUUUCUGCAUCAAGGCAUGUGCUCUGCCACUGAGCUGCGGUCCUUUGCCAGCACAGAAGCAUGCAAGCAGGAGAUGCCUCUCACCCGUCACACCUUCAUGCAGCUGUUCAAUUCAGUAUGGUAACUGAAGGCUUGGCUAUCAGCUUAAGCUCUACAGUUCUCCUCCUUCCCUGGCUGAUACGGCCAGCAGUCAAACUCUUUCCAUGUGACCUCAAGCUGCUUCUGGUGCCCAUACACUCUGGGAAGAGCCCACAUUGCUGAAGUGAAACAGGUGGGUAUGCAGAGGUCAGUCCAUAAUUUAGCUAAGCAGGCUAAAGGCUUGCUCCUUGUUCAGAGCAAUAGAAGUAGAACCUGAAGUGGUCACCCUGCCUGCUCCUGACUAGGGCUUUGACUGAGCCAGUGCUUCAACAAUUUAGCCCCUGAGCCUCAGUCCAAUGCAAGGGCUUCCAGUGCUUCUCAAACUUGGGUCCCCCAGCUGUUGUUGGACUACAGCUCCCAUCAUCCCUGAGCCCUGGUCCUGUUAGCUACGGGUGAUGGGAGUUGUAGUCCAACAAGAGUUGGAGAUCCAAGUUUGAGAAGCACUGGCUUAAUCAGUAGCAGGCCGGCUCAAGCGGAGCCACAAUGGGCUGACCUGGAUUCCCAAUGUUGAGCAUUGCUGCUGGUUACCGAGGUGGAGCGGCAUGGGAGCAGGGAGCUAGACACGGCCAUGGAGCCAAUCCAUGACGCUCCAUGGUCCUGAGGCUGCAGCUAAGCCAAGCCAAGCUCGCCACCGGCUUUCCCCUUCUUCCAUUGGUAACUGGCAGCAACACGCAGCUUGGCAAAGUCAAGUGCUGGCUGUGGCCUUGCAACCCAAAGAGAGAGAGAGAGAGAAGAUGACUCUCUACCUGACCCAAGUGCCGCUUCUUGACCACUGAAGAAUUACAGCCACCUCCCACAAUUUGAGAAUGGGGGGGGGGGUAGGCUGCCAGGCAGGAUUGAACUCCUAUACUUGUUUGUUCCAGGCUGUUUUUUUUCCAAACACAACUUACAGCAAAUGGGCAGUUUUCUCUCUCUUAUCACUAACGGAGAACUUAAGAUCCAGAAGGGGCCCCCUUCCCCCAAAAAAGGAACCAGCAAGAAGAGAACAGGAAGUAGUUGUUACAAGAUAGUGGGCAACAGAGGAUCCAAAAAACCACCGUGCAUGUUGAUUUGUGUAUUAACAGCUUUAAUUUUAAAGAAGAAAACCCAGAAAAAAUAUUUACAAACUUCAGUAAAUAAGAUAUUGACUCCUGCAAACAUGUCUCUCUCCUGUCUGCUUGUAAACUAAAACAGCCCUGGGAGGGGGGGCAGGGAUGUGUGUCUCAUUGGUUCUUCCUACAUAACUGAAUGGAAGUUUUCCUGCCAGUGCUCACCAACAGCAGACUAGAGCUGGGGAAUCUCUGGCCCUCCUGAUGCUGUUAAGACUCUGGUUCCCGUCAAGCCCAGCAAGCAUUUGCACUGGGGUCAGAGAUGGUUGGAUUUGCGACCCAACAAUAGGCAGAGAGUCCCCCACCCCUUAAGUAUAUAUUCUGCCUCCAUCUCAUCUCUUCAAAGCACAGUGAGUCCUUCUGCUGGGAGAAUGUCUAGUGGACAAAUGGCAAGGAGGGGAGAAACACUUGAUCCUUCAGCUGCUGCAUUCCCCCCACAAGGAGAUCCAAACCUGAUUUUCAAACACACACACUCAGAACGUGAAAUGGGUGAAUGGAGGGGGCAGGGGGUACACCUUCUGCAAUCCCACCCCUGGAAAUUGCGCACUCUCCUCUCCACUUCACGAUAGGUUUGGAAGAGACAUGGAAAGGAAAACCAAAAUUGUUUAGUUCCACCUUAAUGGCUCCAAGGAACGUCCCGUGCAAACAAAACACCAGAUCCCAGCCCCGGCCAACUUUUCAGAGCGCAGGUUUUUAAAUUAAAAUAAUAUCAGCCAAGUCACAUA